GGAAAUUCAGGUCAAUCUAAUGGGCAACCAGUUGAAGUGUUCUUGUGAAAAUCUUGAAUUUCUCAAAUGGAUUCACAAAUCAACAACCUUAAAGUUUCUGGAGUUUGAGAACUACACUUGUGCAUUUGGUAACUCGCCAAAUUUUCCAUUGAAGGCUCUCGAUAAUAUUCUGGCCAGUUUAGAGAAGAGAUGUUCUUCUUACACACUCAUCAUAGUAACUAUGACGUCUAUGAUCAUUGCUGCAAUGACGUUAACCGUGAGUCGCAUUGUGUAUAGGUACAGAUGGAAGCUUCGAUACAUGUACUAUGUUGCAAAGGAGACUUAUCGGGGUCAUGCUAGAGGAAGAAAUGGUGCAAAAAAUAAACAGAGUGUGUACCGAUUUGAUGCUUUCAUCUCGUAUGCAGAAAACAAUAGAACCGAGGUUAUUAAUCUUGUUCAAAGCCUUGAAGAAGGGUUUGAUCUAAAACUCUGCAUACAUCACCGAGAUUUCAUUCCUGGAACAGAUAUAGCCGAUAACAUCACAAAUGCUAUUCACUCCAGCAGACGAACAGUUUGCAUAAUGACGUCACACUUUCUAAAUUCAUACUGGUGCAUGUUUGAAUUAAAAAUGGCGCAAAUGGAGGCGAUAUAUUCUCGUAACGGUAAGAAUAUCUUGAUUUUGGUAGCUUUGGAAAAGAGCUCAAUGCAGAAGUUACCGCUUCAUCUGAUGGACCUCAUUGAGAGUCAAUCAUUCCUAGAGUAUCCACACAGCGAGGAGGAAAUUGUUGCUUUUCGUUCAAAACUUGGAGAUUCUCUCAAGGCAGAUGAGUUUGAGUGA